GGAAGAGAACUGCUGGGCCGCCCGAAUGCCGGGAGGAAGGCGGCGAUGCGGAGGAAUCCGACUCCGAGUUGGAGGAAGAGGUUGAUGAUGAUGAUGAUGAAGGAGAGGAAGAGGACGACUACGAAGAACUCGGUGAGGCGGGUUGGGACCUUGAUAUCCCUCCCCUACCCCGUCCUGCAAAACCUCCGUCUCCUUUCACCCUAGACAUGGCUUAAAUUGAGGGUAGGGCUCCCUCCUAGAACUUUUCCCCAGGGUUCAUCCCAAGAACAACUGAAAUGUUCAGAUGGGAUCUUCUGUGCAUGUGCAGGGUGAAUUUCCUUGCCAAGUUGAUCUUGGCAGUGAAGGCCAGCUUCAACCUCUUACACAGGAAGUGAGUGUGGAAUUUGAAGCACAUUCAGUAUCUGAUAAUGAUUAUAGUGGAAUUAAAAAAUUACUGCAGCAGCUUUUCCUAAAGGCUCCUAUUAAUAUCUCUCAGCUCACUGAUAUAUUGAUACAACAAAACCAUAUUGGAAGUGUUAUCAAGCAAGCAGAGGUUUUGGAUGAAAGUGAUGAUGAUGACGAUGAUGAUGAAGUGUUUGGGUUCAUAAGUCUUCUGAACUUAACUGAAAGACAGGGUACUGAAUGUGCUGAACAAAUUAAAGAGCUGGUUUUAAGACAGUGUGAGAAGAACUGUGAACAGAGUACGGUUGAACAGCUGGAUAAACUCCUAAGUGACACCACCAAGCCUGUGGGCUUCCUGCUAAAUGAAAGAUUCAUUAAUGUACCUCCCCAGAUCGCUCUGCCCAUGCACCAGCAACUGCAGAAAGAACUGACAGAAGCUCAAAGGACAAACAAACCAUGUGGGAAAUGCUACUUUUAUCUCAUCAUUAGCAAGACCUUUACUGAUACAAAGAGCAAUGCUAGAAGAAAAGGAAGCAGCACCCACCAAAAAGAUGAAUUGAUGUUUUCAAAUGCUGAGGAAGAAUUUUUUUAUGAGGAAUCACUUCUGAAGUUCAGUUACUCAGUCCAAGAGGAGAGUGACUCGUGUUUGGGAGGCAAAUGGUCUUUUAAAGAUGUACCCAUGAAACCAUUGAGAACUGUGAUGGUAAUCCCUGCUGACAGGAUGAAUGCAAUCAUGGAUAAAUUUAAGGAGUAUCUUUCAAUUUAAACCACUUUCUGUGCUAACAGCUUUGUGAUAUCAUGCUACAAGAGUUAUUUGACUUCUAAAUAGUUUCUAGAAAAUUUUUAUAUCAGUUCUGUAUUCUUUCAGGAUCAUCUUUAUAUUCUUGUAAUAUGUCCACUGUACAGCAAGUCACUUAUAUGCUAUUAUGAGAUGGCAUUUGAAAAUAUUGGUAUGAUUACAAGUGCAAUAAUAAAAAAAAACACCUUCAACUAUA